AAGUGUUGUUCUCUCCCGGUCAUCUCUAUGGAGCUCUUUGCGUGUUGCGUUGCACGCCGGGAAAUGUAGUUCCCAGCUCAGCCCCGCGGAUUCUCUCCUCACCGACAUGGCGGAUAGGAGGCGGCGGAGGAGACGCGCGUCCCAGGACAGUGAGGAGGAGGAAGAAGAGUCCGGGAGCGAGAGCGCAGGGUCUGUUGAACAACCGGGCCUGCCUGCCAAAAUCGAGACCCGAGAGGUCGUGGAGACAGUUAGAGAAGGCGACAAGUCCGAGUGUGAAAGCGAGGAUGGUAUUGAAGGCGAUGCCGUGCUAUCAGACUACGAAAGUGCUGAGGAGUCUGAAGUGGAAGCUGGUCACGUCAGUGAGGAGGAGCCCCUCAAAGCUACCUUAAAACCAGAAAGCAAUGCUGCCGAGACUACCACCACCACCACCACCACCACCACUCCCCCCACUGCCCCCACAAAAGAGGAAAAGCUUAAGACAAAGGAAUCAGUGACAGGGGAGCGUCAAAGUGGAGAUGGACAGGAGAGUACAGAGCCUGAUGAAGUCAAGGCCUCUAGGAAGAGUCAGAAGCAGUUGGAUGACGAUGAAGACCGGAAGAAUCCUGCAUACAUCCCUCGUAAGGGGCUCUUCUUUGAACACGAUCUACGUGGCCAUACAAAUGAUGAGGAAGUCAGGCCAAAGGGACGCCACGCACGCAAAUUGUGGAAAGAUGAGGGGCGCUGGGUGCAUGAUCGGUUUCGGGAGGAUGAGCAGGCUCCGAAGUCUAGGGAUGAGCUGAUUUCCAUGUACGGUUAUGAUAUUCGGUCCAGUAAAAACCCGGAGGAAAUUCGCCCCCGUCGACCAAGAAAACCAAGAUACUCCAGCCCCUCCAGAAGGGAAGAGGAGGAGGAGGAAGAAGAAAAGCCAAUCAGGCAGUCAAACCGUUACUAUGAUUCCAAUUCUGUCCCUCCACCCCGAACCUAUAACAAUCGCAGUGUCCCUAGCAAAGACAGAGCUCUCUCAAACAGGACCUACUCGCGGCCAGGUGGGUACAAGGAAAAUCGCCCGGUCAAUUACCCACCUGAGAACAUUGUUUCGCCACCGCCUACUUUUGAGCGAAGACAGGAAUAUGCAGGUUACAGAACCCGGAGCGUAGAGCAAGCGCCACUGCCACCAAAUGAAGAAUCCUCCGAAUUAGGAAUUCCUCACAAAGCUGAACCGGCAAAUGAGAAACCAGCAGCUGAUCCAUCACCACCACCACCGCCACCUGAUCGGCCUGUGGAGAAAAAGUCCUAUUCUAGAGCCAGGAGGAGUCGGAUUAAAGGUGGGGAGGCUGGCAAGAGCAUAGAUGACACUACAUUCCCUGACUUGCCUCCUCCCCCUCCGCCACAGAUGCCCACUGAGGUGGUUCCAGAGCCUUCCCCACCAAUACCUGUAGUGAAAACUGGUGGCUGGGAACCUUCAGUAGAUGGGGGUUUGACUGGACUAGAGCAGGACCUGUCCCAGGUCAACAUUUCAGAACAGAAUUGGACCCCUGGACAAUCUCCAUACGUUUCAACACGUGGUAUUCCAAAUCACAUUCACAUGCCUGGGGGACCUCCGCAGUAUGGCCGCAUGGAGGGAAUGGCAGUUCAGAGUGGCCGUGUCAAGAGGUAUUCCUCCCAGCGUCAAAGGCCGGUUCCGGAUCCUGCUCCCAUGCACAUCAGCCUUAUGGAAGGUCAUUACUAUGAUCCACUCCAGUUCCAGGGACCAAUAUAUACUCACGGUGAUGGCCCUUCCACUUUGCCCCCUCAGGGCAUGCUUGUACAGCAAGAAAUGCACCUUCCCCACCCAGGUUUACACCCGCACCAGUCUCCUGCCCCCAUGCCUACCCCAAACCUUUACCCUGCACCAGUCUCUAUUCCUCCAGGUCAGCCUCCCCCCCAGCAGCUGCUACCCCCUCCGUACUUCACCGCUCCCCCCGGAGUCAUUAAUUUUGGCAACCCAGCCUACCCUUAUCCCCCUGGAGCAUUACCCCCUCCUCCACCAACUCAUCUCUACCCCAAUCCACAGGCACAACCCCAGGUGUUUGGAGGAGUGACAUAUUAUAACCCCGUACAACAGCAAGUGCAGCCAAAACCUUCCCCGCCCCGACGGACUUCACAGCCAGUCACUAUAAAACCACCUCCACCAGAGGAAAAUAGAAACUUGAAGAUGACAAAAGAGAAGGCGAGUUCCUGAGCUCCGUAUUACAAGACGCACCUUCUACCGCCUCCUUUCCGUCUCUCGGAGUUCAGACCAGUGUUUUUAUUAUGAAUAGAAACUCCUUCUGGCUGACCAGAUUUCUGGCCAACCGGAUUUAUGCAAGUUUUCCGUACAUGAGAAAAUGUCUCGCCGUUCACCAAUAUUAUUGUGUAUUCUUCUGUACUUUGGUAGACCGUUUCCUAUAUAAUGUUACGUGACAGGAUGGUUGCAGGAAGCCAUUUUGCCAUGGUGAGCCUCCUUCUUGUGGAAUUUGUACAGUUUUGCCAUGUAGAAAACAAGUGCUGCUGAUU